AUGUGUUGUCGCGCGACGAGGACAUUGGAAGAAAUCAUUAGCCGCUCUGGAUGGGCACGAGCAAUUUUGAAGAGCACCAGGGUGCAAGGGGGGGGGGUGGAAGGAGGGCGAGAUGAAGCGGCUCAACAGCGCAGGGCUGGCAAGAGCAGUUGGUGUCGCGUGCUUAGGGUGUUCGGAGGCGAAAGUAGAGGAGGGAGGGAGAUGUGGUCGUGGGCGUGGGCGUGGGCGUGGGCGUGCAUGGUCAGUGGUGGUGUCUGGAUGGAUUAUUGCGCUGGCGCAGAAAGACAUGUCAUCGAUGGCCGUGGCCGUGGCCAUCAGGUCUGGGAGUGCAUUGCCGCCGCCCGCGACAUGGUCACGGCGGAUGAGAUAAGACGACACGACCAGGCUGCGAGCUGCAUCGAAAGACGCGCCGCAUCGAUAUUCUAUUCCCGUCUGAUCGUAUCGCCGGCCAAUCGCCUCUGCCUUCCCCCCACUCCAGCGCACUUUCCCGAAACGGCGCAAGCGCGGUCUGUGGACGUCACUGCUCACACAUUUCCGACUCGCGACUUGCAUCUCUUCCGCACUUGCGCCGCUGCCUAUGUACAUUCUCACACGCGCGAGCCACUCUGUGUCUACCUACCCAUCUACCGACAUCUGCCCGCCAUGAUGCUGUGUGCCAGUGCCAGUGCCAGUGCCAGUGCCAGUGCCAGUGCCAGGCUGCUCGACCCAGACGAAUUAUAA